GUCGAACAGUGGUCACACCUCAGAUAAACUUCAUACCGGUCUUAAUUUGACGUUUAAUAAACUUAUUAGUAUAAAAUUCUGAUAUGGCCACCUACGAGGAAGUUAAGGAUAUUCCAAACCAUCCAGAAAAAUACCUGUUUGACGUCCGAAACGAGUCGGAGUUGAAGGAAACUGGUAUCCUGCCCGCCAGCAUAAAUAUUCCAUUGGCUGAGUUGGAGAGGGCGUUAAACUUACCUGACAAGGACUUCGCCGAGACUUAUGGACGCCCAAAACCGGCAAUCGAUUCGGUCAUGAUCUUCUCCUGCAAGGCAGGAGGACGUGCAGCUCGAGCGGCUAAUCUGGCCAGCACCCUGGGCUUUUCCAACGCCAAGGCUUAUGCCGGAUCCUGGACGGAGUGGCAGGCGAAGCAGUCUUAAAAUUUUAAACAUGCUGUCAUAUAAAUUUGUUAAAAAUUCUUUAAAAUUUGAAAUACUACAAUUAAAAAAUAAUACAA